AUGCGCCGCUGGUCUGUCAGAAUAGUGUGGACACUCCCAGUAGAUAGAGCUCCGAAGCCAAAAGUCGGAAAAUUAUUCUGGGAUCACCCCCCACCAGACUACGGCAUCUUGCCGCCGCUUGAUGGUUCACUGCUGUUGCUGGACGUCAAGAACGAUCCUCAUCGACUUGCAGCCAAGAUGAUAGCCCCACUGCGUCAUGCAUUUGGACUUCGUUACCAUAUUGUGGGUGCAGAACAUCUCACAGUGGACCGUGCAGCUGUGAUUGUAGCAAAUCAUCAGAGCUCCCUGGAUAUCCUUGGGAUGCUCGUGUUCUGGGGCCUGAUGGAUAAGGUGGCAACUGUUGCCAAGAAGAUCUUGCUCCUGUGUGGACCAUUUGGGCUGGGAGCUUGGCUCUGUGGCACUGUGUUCAUUGAUCGUGCUCAGAGUGGCACUGCAAAAUCCACUGUCAACAAGGCAAUAGAUGAAGUGAAAGAGAAGCGAGUAAAAAUGUGGAUAUUUCCAGAAGGUACUAGAAACAACAAUGGAUCCAUGCUUCCAUUCAAGAAAGGUGCCUUUCAUUUGGCUGUACAGAACCAACUGCCUAUAAUUCCUGUUGUGUACUCAUCUUAUCUCAACUUUCUUGAUUCAAAGGCAAAGAAAUUUGGUCCUGGUGAUAUCACUAUAAGUGCCCUUCCUCCCAUCUCUGUGGAAGGGCUGAAGCCAUCUGAUGUUGGUGAACUCGCCGAACGAUGUUCCAUUUCCUCCAAAGCUUCCUUAGCCAUCUUCCCUGCUGAGUGUCUUGGAGCCACCAGACCUAGUCAAAAGCUCAGUGGCACCUCCCCGUGA